AAGACGGCUCAAUCAUAAUAUGGCGGACCACGGCCUCUCGUUCUGAUACCAGUCCAUAUUGAGUAUGGGCUUCACUACCCAGUUAUUUGUUUUCAGAUGCAUGGACUUGAUGAUGGAGAAAGCCGUAACCGACCAGCGGCUACGUGGACCAUCCAUCACUGGUACUGCAAUAUGACUGUGGUUCACCUUAUGAUUAAGCUGUCUUAUCAACUUUCCUCGCCGUCUUAAAAAAUAUGAAAUUUUAGAUUUGUAUUCAUUUACCUCUUCUCAGUAAUUACCACGAGAUGGAGCCAAACCACGACUCAUCAUCCUUUGACGUAAAAGACCAUGCAUAUGAAAUCUUAUCACAACUUGAUUCUAUGAGAAAGGCCAAUGAACAUUGUGAUCUCACAAUAAAAGUUGGGUGUAAAGAAAUUCGAGUCCACAGGGUUGUUAUGUCAGCAGCUUCUGUAUAUUUCCACUCCAUUUUGGCACAUGACAAUAUUGAAACACGAACUGGUGUAAUAGAAAUGAAAAAUGCAGAUUUGGAAUCUGUUACAAAAUGUGUUGAUUUCAUUUAUUCCGGUCAAGUGUUGAUAACUGAUGAAAAUUACGACCAAUUAAUGAAGGUGGCCCAUAUGCUUCAACUGGAAAAAUUGUGCAAUAAAAUUGCAACCUUUCUUGAAGGCAAGACAACUCUCGAGGAAUUUUUAACAAUCAAUACGUUUGCAAGAAUAUUUGAUUGCAAAAGAUUGAUCCUAAAAUGCAAUGAAUUCACUUCUAAAAAUUUUCGAACGUUCAUAUUCACGAAUGAUUUUCAAUAUUUCGAUAAAUCACUUAUAUCUUUUGUGAUUGCGUCCAGAGAAACAAAAGCUACUGAAGACUAUAAAACAAAAGCCCUUAUUGAGUGGACAAAAUUUGACUUGGAAAGUCGGGAACCAAACUUCGAAGACGUGUUUUUAACACUGGACUUUUCUAAAUUUUCAAGAAGUUAUCGAAAGUUUUUAAUUGAAAAUGAACCACUUGUUUUGAAAUCGAAUCGAUGUGUUAGCGCACUAGUAAAGCACUCGAAUGAUCUCGCCAAAGUAAGAGCAAAAGAUGUCAAUUUAAAGGAUGUUUUUGAAAACAAUGUUAUCGGGGUCUUCAAUAAAAUAACUGGAAAAAUUGAAGCUUUUGAACCUGAGCACAAGACAUGGACAAACAUAGCGGAUACUUCUAACCAGUUUAUUCACUAUUGCUUUACUGUGGUGAGACUUGGAAAGGUUUUAUACGUCCUUGCUUUUGGUCGCAAAAGUUAUAAGUUAAAUUACACAGGAGAUUGUGCGAUUUGGGAAGAACUACCUUACCGGUAUGUGACGUGUAAAAGACUUGAAGCAGUAGGGUUUAAGGACUCUGUAUAUGUAUUCGAUGAUAUGGAUAAGCACAGCAAAGCUGUUGAAAAGUACGAUUCAUACUUAGAGGAUUGGGAACAGGAGACUGAUAAACCUAUCAAUGGAUGGCUCGUUUCUCUUGUCUCUACAAAUGAUUAUAUAUAUUGCAUUGGAGGAUAUAAUGAAAACGGAGAUCUUUCAAGUGUUACGCAAUAUAAUGGUUUGGAUUGGACAACUUUACCCGAUAUGCCAACAGCAAGGCAUGGAGCUGCGUCUGUGGAAUGCAAUGGGAGGAUUUAUGUAAUGGGAGGGGUAUCAGGAGAUGACUGCCUGGCCACCACGGAAUACUUUGACAUCAGCAAUGGAACAUGGACAACUUUGAAGCCGAUGUUAAAACCAAGGACAGUUUUCAAAGCUUUCGUUUUGGGAGGAGACAUCUUUGUUGCGCAAUAUAAUGUCUCAAUCAUGGAAUUUGAAAAAUUUGAUUUGGUUGAAAAUAUUUGGCAAAUUAUUGAAACGUUCACUGGUACUGAUGUGCAGUAUCGUUCAUUUUUCGCGUUAACUUUGCCAAUACAGUGAAAUACCGUCAAAAAACACCAAAAACCUUGCAAAAACAGUGAAAAAUAGGCUGAGUGUUAUAAUAUAUAUUCACGAACACAUUUGUCUGUUCAAACUGCUGUAACUUUACCAAAUUAUCUAAUGGUCAGAAUGUUUGCAUAAAUUUGAUUAUUUUGCUGAUAUCUCUCAGCUAUCUAUUUUCACUGAUUCAUUUUCACUAUAUAUUCAUUGUACAUUAUUUCACCUUUAAUAUUACAGCAUUAGGCUUGGCCAAAGAGCUCUGGUUCAGCAGCUUCAGAGCUGCUUGCCCAGAGUAUUUUUUUAACCUUGCUUUGAGGAAAAGUGUGAAAUAGGCUACGAUAUGAAAUUAAUAGUUAUGCAGACUUGUAAGAACACCUGGUUAGCUUUGCUAUGCGCACAAAAUUCUGUGCACUGCCACAAAAUAUUUAUGAAAAAUCUUUAACUGUUUCAUUUUUACCUGAAUUAAUUUUUAUCUAAUGCAUUAAUUGAAUGUGGGUGGUAUAGAUGCGGCUCACUGUCAAUAAAUCGCUCUGAUUGUUUUUUUUUCUCUAUACAUAAGGAGCGAGGGCUUAUAAAGCACUACCUGACCAUACAUUAGGCACACUGUCUUAUAAAGCACCUUAUAGUCUGGUUCCCCUUAUCAUUAUGUUUAAAAUAUUGCCUUGCUCUACUAACCAUGCUUUAAGAACAUUGGUAAAUGUUUUUUUCACCUUUUUUGCACUAAUAAUUGCGCAUCCUUGUUUGAUAGGAUAGGACAGGGCUACUCAACUGGCGGACCGCGGUCCGAAUCCGGACCUUUCGAGUAUUGGAUUUGGACCGCACCUAAUUAUUUAUUUUGGAUCAUUAGCCCAACUUUUUGAAUU